AAAGAGGGGGGAGAGAAGAGAGGGAGGGACUGCGCUUUAAAUGUGGCAUUCAGACCAUUUUCUGCAAGAGAGAGAAACACAGGAGGGAAAACAAAUUCUGUAAUUUUAAUGUGUCGCCUUGGGGUGAAGCUUCAUUAACAACGAGGAAGAGCUUUUGCCAGCCUUCAGUUUUCAACAGCGAGAAGCAGCCGGGGGAAGUCGCAGGGAAAACUUCAAGACUGAGCUGCUAGGAGUCUGCGACUGACAGCCAGUGCCACGGAUUAUAUCCUGAUAUCCUGUGUUUCAGGUAAAGGAGCAUUCUGCCAAAGUGAAGAUGAAUCAAACUGCAUCCGUCUCUCAUCAGAUCGAGUGUCAGCCGGCCAAGGAUACCAAGGAGUUUGUGGACGUCAGCCCGCCGCAGAGGAACUGGAAGGGCAUCGCCAUCUCUCUGCUGGUGAUAGUGGUGGUCUGCUCACUCAUCACCAUGUCUGUGGUCGUCCUCACACCCGUGGAGGUCCCCGGCAGCAGCAAGUCCAGGCUGACUGUAACAGAUCUGUAUAAACCAGAGUUCAGCGUUCAUGACCCUGAAGCCACGUGGAUCAGCGAUUCAGAGGUGGUGUACAGGAACCGUGACGGUCACGUCAUCAAGUUUAACUUCGCCCUGAACGAGACGGAAGUCAUUUUGAGCAACAGCACAUUUGUGGCUUUCAAGGUGGCGAAGUACUCGCUCUCUGCAGAUCUGAAGUACGCGCUCUUCGCUUACGAUGUCAAACAGAUGUACAGGUAUUCGUACACGGCGUCCUACAUCGUUUACAACAUCUACACAAGGGAGGUUUGGGAGUUAAACCCUCCAGAGGUUCAGAACGCAGUCCUCCAACACGCAGCGUGGGGAAGACAAGGACAACAGCUGAUCUAUAUUUUUGAGAAUAACAUCUACUACCAGUCAGAUGUGAGGAGUAUCUCCCUGAGAAUCACCUCCUCUGGGAUGGAGGGAGUCAUCUUUAACGGUCUCGCCGACUGGUUGUACGAAGAGGAGAUUCUGCGUUCACACCUGGCUCACUGGUGGUCACCGGACGGAGAGCGACUGGCUUUCCUCACCAUCGACGACACCCUUGUACCCAACAUGGCUCUGGCCCAGUUCACUGGCAGCACCUACCCCCGAGGACUACAGUACCCAUAUCCUAUGGCUGGCCAGACGAACCCUGCAGUCAAGCUGUCAGUGGUCAACCUGUUCGGAGCGACACACACUCAGGAGCUGCAGCCUCCUGAUCAGUUCAGACACAGAGAUUUCUAUGUCACCAUGGUGAAGUGGAUCAGUAAUACUCACCUCGCUGUGCGGUGGCUCAACCGGCCCCAGAACACCUCGCUGUUGACGGUGUGUGACGCCACGAUAGGAGUCUGCCUCCAGAGACAUGAGGAGACCUCAGAGACAUGGCUUUCCAGACAGAGACAGGAGCCGUUCUUCUCCAAGGACAGGAGCAGGUUUUUCCUCACUCUGCCCGUGAAACAAGGAGGUCAGGGAGAUUUCCACCACAUCACAAUGUUCACCAAAAAGUUACGAAGCGAUCAGGAUGAAGUUCGCCACCUAACGUCAGGGGACUGGGAGGUGACAAAAAUUGCGGCAUACGAUGAAAAAAACCAGAUCAUAUACUUCCUCAGCACAGAGGACUCAGCACAGCAGAGACAUUUAUACAGCGUGUCCACUGUUGGCCUGUUUCCACGGCGAUGUCUCACCUGCGGACUGAAGGAGGAGUGCACAUUUUUCGAUGCCGACGUCAGCCCCGAUGCACAACAGGCCAUCCUGCAUUGUAAAGGCCCUGGAGUUCCAGCUGUGCUGCUUCUAAGUUUUGAAGAUGUGGACUCGUUUUUCAUCUUGGAGAACAACCUCCCCCUGCGGUCUGCGCUGGAGACUAAAAGGACGAUUCAGACUGAUAUCCGGAUGAUCACUAAUGACAACUUUGAGCUGCCUCUGAAGCUCAUCUAUCCUCCUGACUUCUCCGAGUCCUACCUCUACGGCCUUCUCCUUAUUGUCGGCAGCUCUCUGGGCGAUCAGAUGGUGACAGAGGAGUUCAGGUUGGACUGGGACUCGGUACUGGUGGAAACCGGGCAGGUCAUUGUGGCACGACUCGAUGGCAGAGGGUCGGGGUUCAGAGGUCAAAGGGUUUUACAGCAGGUUCACCUGAGGCUCGGCACAGUGGACGCAGAGGACCAGAUAGCCGCUCUCGAGUAUCUGGUGAAGCUGCCGUUCAUCGAUCGCACUCGUGUCGGAGUCUUCGGAGAGGACUACGGCGGCUUCCUCAUGCUGAUGAUGCUGAAGUCGACGGAGAGGCUGAUCAGAUGUGCUGCAACUCAGGCUCCUGUCAUUGACUGGUCUAUGUACGCCUCGGCAUUUUCUGAGAGAUACUUAGGCUCGCCUUCAACUGAGGAGAACAGAUACCAAAGGAAAAUACAUGAUACUCUGCACUUAUGUGAGCUGGAUGCCAGGGUUUCCAGGGAUCAACAGAAGUUCCAGGUGUCCAAAGUCCUGCCCAACAUGAAAGGUCUGCAGGGAGGAACGCUGUUUCUGGCUCACGGGACGGCUGACGCGAACGUUCACUUCCAGCACUCGGCAGAGCUCAUCAAGCACUUAAUAAAGAUCGGAGCCAACUACACUAUGCAGAUUUAUCCAGACGAGGGACACUUCCUGUCAAAACGCAGCCGGAUUCAGCUGACUCACUCCCUCCUCGGUUAUUUCAGAGGAUGUCUGCUCGAUGCGUCAUCGUUACUCGACCAACAACGUGACGAAGAGUGAGAGCGUUGUUACUGGACCGUGUUCGACAACCAUGUGUGAGCGUUUGUGCCCCUGGUAGACUGACAUGAAUGUGUGUGUGUGUGUGUGUGUGUGUUUUAUACCUGUAGCACAAUGUUUGAUGGACAAAACAAGCUUCUCCUCAACAUAUCAAACUAGUGUCCAUCGCUCAUCACAUCAGUAGAAUAGAGCUCUGACAGUCAGCUCAAAUGUCAAGUAUCAUGAUGCAGUUUUCACCUGUAGGGGGCGCUAGGUAGCAAACAGUCCAACAGAGAUUAGAGAGGUUAUUGGCUCUUUUCUCCCUGACAGGACAGAGGAAAUAUUUCUCUGUAACACUAAAUAUUCCUGAUUAAAUUAAGUUAACGAUUGAACAAAAGCAUCCUUAACUAAAACUUUAUUUGUUUUACACCUUUUAUGCAGUGCUUUACAGAUGACUGCAAACAAUAAAACAAUGUGAGAUAAAAACCCUAUAAAAUAGAAAAAGGCCCCGUUGCUCAUAGUGAUAAUAAGGUUAAUGUAAAAGGUUGGCUCAUGGCCGAGCAGGAAACAAACAUAUUUUCUCAUAUUUCUCACCUCGUCUUCAGUGCAGCAAGGUAUUUUACAUUUUACAGCUCAUUUCACAAAGUUUGGUGAAACCUGGCUGCCUCUGUUAACUACACUUGGUAUUCUGCCACAGUCAGUGUUUGGUAAAAUGCUCUGUUGACGGACUGAAACCACCUGUCAGUAUCUGGUUUUUCGUCUAGUAUUAAAUGGAUUUUUUUAGCAGCCCAUUAUAUCGAUUUACAAGCUCUUUCUCUAAGUAUGGAAAAUUUUUGUUUUGAUGCAAAUUGCACCAAUCUGGUCUGUCAGUGGGUGUUAAAAUGCACUCCCACUAGAAAAAGAUAUUUGUUUUAGAGAGUGAAAAAACCUGACAUCUGUGGCAUAUUGUCAGUUUUAUGACACCUCUAAAUCCUCUUUACGAUCAUAUCAGCAUUCUGAAACUGAUUAACAUCAUAGUCCAACAUCAACCAAAAAACAGACUUAUGUCAGUUCAUCAUGAUACAGCCUCUUAGAAAUGUCAUGUCAGUCAAAUUUGUAGAGUUAUUUGUCCUUUAGACAGCAAUAGUGCUAAGUCGAUGUACAGAAUGGGAUCUUUUUUAAUUACAGUCUACUGUAUCUCUUCGUUGGUAUCAGUGUUUGAACUGGGAUUUAUUUAUUUUUGUAUUUAUUUAUUUCUAAUAGUUGAUAUUUAUCAUUUCACAACCUUUUUUUUUACAAACACUUAAAAUAUAACUUAAUAUAAGAUAUACCUUUUUUCCUGAACAUUUUUGUUAUAUAUAUAUAGCAGGACUUCUAUUGCCCUGGGUUUUGCCUGUCUGGCGACUUAAAGGCUUAAAGGAGUCCUACAUGCAGUCUGAAAUUAAUAUCUGCAAUUUAUGUAUUAAAUCAAUUAAAAUGUAAAACGUAAAAACUUAAAUCUGUAUUUAAAUUACAGCAAAUACUUUCCACAGAAAGAUGCUUGAGCUAAAUGUCAGUGAAAAAUAAGAUUGGAAAGCAUUAGAAAUCUGUAAAGGAAACACAGAAAUGAUCAUUUUUAGAGUUACAAUAUGAAGUGUUUUUGUUAUACUACUAUUAUUAUCAAAAUGACAUAAACCAGUGUUGCUGUUAGUGUUCUAAUUUAUUCAUUUGAAUGAUUUUUUGUUACUUGUUGAUUGCGUCCUUGUCCCAUUCAGACUUUGUUUCCUACACAGUUGCAAGAUUUAAAUGAGAUUAUUGAUCAACAGCAAAUGAUUUAACAUUAUUUCACCACUCAGUAGCUCCUCAUAGUCUGGGCUUUGUUCAUGUUUUGGGAUAAAGCCUCAGUAAAAUAAACCAAACAGCAUCAUGGGAAAACAAAUCUGCAGCAGUUUGCCAUCUAUUAUAUGUAACUGUUGCUGUGAUGUGUUAAUUAAGUGAGUUUUUUCUAUGUUUUUAUAAUUUUUACUGGUCUGCAAAAUGGUUUUAAAUCACUUAAUGUCCCUUUAAUUCCUCAGCUGAGCGAAGUACUCACUGUAUUUGGUAAUAGUAACGAUUUUUGGAAUCAGACUUAUUUCCUUAUCUAUUUCAAGUGCAAUUGCUCUUCACUUUUCAGCCGAGUUCAUCUGUUUCCAUCUGGUUAAAAUGUGUCUUUUUCCUGUACCAGUCAGUUUGGAAACACUCCCAGGUUAUAGUGUUAUCCAUAAAGCGUCGCACUAAAAGGCAUCAUAAGUGUUAUGGCAACAACAGAGCCCUGGAGCGCUCUUCACUGUGAUUAUGGGUAUGAGAGUGAUUCAGACGAUUACUGUCGGCCGCACACAAGUGCCAUUAAUCACAGUGAUGAAUGUCCUCUGCUGCUGUCGUGGCUUUUAGACGAAAGAGCAGACGACUUGUGUUUGGUGUCUGGAGUUUAAUUCCACCCCCUCCCCACCC